AUGAAAAUGGAUUCAAUUCCCAACCAAGAGACGAUUGAUACAGUGGACCCCCAAAUUGACGGUUCCGAUCAAUCUCCAAAUCCAAUAGAGUUUCAGUGUGACAUAUGUAAAAUCAAAGUGGUUUCGAAAUGGGAUCUUGAUCGACACAAACUCCUCCACAAUGCUCUGGUGGAUCGGUAUAUCUGCCCGUACCCACGGUGCAAACAAACUUGUGCAAAUAAAACAAACUUGAGAAUACACUAUGAACGUAAACAUAAGCGUGUCUUGAACCCAAAUCGCCGUCUGCAAACUGUCAAAGAACCGAGCAAAUACCCAUACCGAAUGGAUCAAACGUUUGGUCAGGUAAACGAAGAUCGUACCGACGACGAUGGCAAUCAGCAUUUUGUUGUCGAAGAGCAGCAACUGCAAGUAAACGAAGAUCGUACCGACGACGAUGGCAAUCAAUAUUUUGUUCCCGUAGAGGAGCAACGGCAGGUAAACGAACAUCAUACCGACGACGAUGGCAAUCAAUAUUUUGUUGUCGAAGAGCAGCAACGGCAGGAAAACGAACAUCAUACCGACGACGAUGGCAAUCCAUAUUUGGUUGUCGAAGAGGAGCAACGAGAGGUCGAGCACUUCAACAAUGACGACUUGAUCAAUGAGGUCGAAAUUGAGGAAGCAGACCCAUCGCAUACUGGAGACGAUGUUUAUGCCCACAAUAUCGGUUUGGUGCUCCAUUCUUUAGAGUCUUCUGAAACUGCAACCUCUUGGGAUCUCGCGUCUUCAUUAGAUUCCACUAAUGAAUCACUUGACGAAAAUCGUAAGAGUGAGGCCGUUGAAGACAAAGCCGAUGCAAAACAGUUGGUUGCUGCACAAGAAACGCCGAUGAUCGAAGAAAAUGCUUCACGUCCACGUCGUUCAAAAAGACGCAUUAUAAAGACUGAGACUGAGGACAAUGAUGAGAGCAGUCGAAAACGACGUCGAACUUGAACAGAAGUGAACAUCUUUUGAAUUUCGACAUUUGUCAAUCAAUUAAAUCACUAAUGACAAA